GAGCGGAAGUGCGGAAGUGCUCGCGUCUACUACUGUUGUGUGCGAGGAGACGCACGUGACGAGUUGACGCUCACUGGGAUGAUUAAAGCAGGGAUCUGCGUGUGAAAGAUGACUGCUCAGGAGGUGCGUCUGUGUGGUCUCCUGCUGCGGGAGCACUUUGGAGCAGUGGUGGAGAGAGUGGGAACACACCUGCUCAGAGGUGGAGCACAGAACUUAAGAACCAUCAUUCAUGAGACUGGAAUCUCACUGGACCUGGUUAAGAAGUCCCUGUGUGUGCUCCUGCAGCAUGGGGCUUGUGUGUACAGCUCAGGCCGUAAAGGCAUUGGAAGCCCCGCAGAGUAUCGGACCGGCUGUGAUCGGAUUCUGAGAAUUCUGAGAUACCCGCGUUACAUCUACACUGCCAAAACCCUGUACGGUGACACCGGAGAGCUGAUCAUAGAGGAGUUACUACAGAGAGGUCACAUGACCAUGAGCAGCACGGUUAAGACGGUCGCCGACCGCCUCACACAGAACAUGGAGGAGGGUCGCUGCAUGGAUUACAGUGAAGUGUCUUCUGCGUUCUCCAAACUGGUUGAGACCCAUUUUCUUCAGCGCUGCCCGCCGAUGGUUGUAGCAGCAACCACAGGAAGUGCCACUACAGCUACCCCUGCUACGCCUGGUACUCCAGCUGCCCCUGUUAGCACUGCUCUGCCCACACCAGAGAGCUUUGCCGACUGCUACAAGGUGCCUCACAUGACACUUACAGGGCGAGGCAAACGCCAACACUGCAGUGAGGAGGGGGAGGACCAAAGGAAUGCAAAGAAGGCUAAAAUGGAUUCACAGACUCAUGGUGAUGAGGGGAUUUGCUGGCAGGUGAAUUUUGAGAGGUUCCAUCUCCACUUCAGAGACCAGGCCAUCAUCACUGCUGUAGCCAACAAAUUGGAUCAGACGAGCAGUGAGAUAGUGAGGACUAUGCUGAGGAUGAGUGAGGUGACGACGUCGCCCACAGCCACCUGUACAAAACCUCUCUCAGCCAACGAGAUCUUCAGGUCCCUCCCUCCCAGCUACAACAUCCCCAGACCCAUCUUAGACCAGUACCUCACGCUACUGGUUGAUGACCCGAUGGAGUUUGUGGGGAAGGCUGGUGAAAGUGGAGGAGGGAUGUACGUUGUCAAUCUGCACAGAGCGCUGGCCAAUCUGGCUCGAGCCACGCUUGAGUCCGUAGUACAGGAGAGAUUUGGCUCCCGAUCAGCGCGAAUCUUCCGUCUGUUGCUAAGGAAACGUCACCUGGAGCAGAAGCAGGUGGAGGAUUUUGCAAUGAUUCCAGCCAAAGAGGCCAAAGACAUGCUCUACACGCUGCUUUCACAGAACCUGGUCCAGCUACAGGAAAUCCCAAAGACUCCUGACUUCGCUCCCUCUCGUACUUUCUAUCUUUACACCGUCAACCAACUCCCAACUGCAAGAAUGCUGCUUCAGAACUGCUACAAGACGGUCGCUAACCUCGUAGAGCGACGCCUUUUUGAGUCCAAAGAGAGCAAGCGUCUGCUGGAGAAAUCCCAGCGAAUCGAGGCCAUUCUGGCGUCUCUGCAGGCCAGUGGUGCCGAGCCUGAGCAGCUGACGGAGGUUGAGGAGAUGAUCACUGCUCCUGAAAAGCAACAGCUAGAGGCUUUACGGCUUCAUAUCAACAAGUUAGAUUCAGCAGAGAACCAGGUAGAUGAAACCAUCUUUCUUAUAGAGUCCUACGUCACCUCCACUGCAUCCACAAGUUGAGGGCAUUACAACUCGCACAUACUUUUGAAGAUUUUUUCCAUUACUUUUUGUGUAUGAAUGCUGUCAAGUAUGGCUGUUUUAUAGUUUAUAUGACUGGAUUGAUUCAGUUUGCAGUGCAGUAAAAUCUGAAAAGAUCACUUUGCUUGUUUUUAUUGCGCGCAUCAGCAAAUUAAUAAAUUGAGCAUGAGAAUACUUCUUUUGAACAGUUUUAAUUUCAUUGAACAACAAACACAAAACUGAAAGACAAACAUAGGACAAAGUGAUUGUUUGAAAUGUAAAACCAUGAAGA